AUGGCGGGCGAACAGGACUCGUUGUUGACUCUGCAAUCUUCCACAAACAUGGAGAUUCCUUUACAAACGAAGCCGUCGGACGACGUGUUUGAAACGAUUAUCAUUAAACGGCGAGUCUACACCCAACAGGACUUGGACAAUGUCUACAAUGACACACCAACACCGAAAACCUUGAAAGAACGCAUCAGAAAUACCUGUCGGUGUUCGAAGCAGACAGUCUGUAACGGUAUCCUGUCCAUGUUACCCAUUGUUAUGUUUGUCAGAUGGUACAAGUGGAGACAGAACCUGGUCGGUGACAUAAUGGCAGGCCUCUCAGUUGCCUUCAUGCACCUACCGCAAGGUAUCGCAUUCGGCAUCCUCGCAUCCCUUACACCCGUUUAUGGGUUGUACAGUACGUUCUUUGGAAUAGUCUUUUACGCAAUCUUUGGCACGUCUCGACAUGUUUCUUUUGGAACUAACGCUGUAUUAGCGCUUCUCACUGCCACUAUAGUGGAAAGGGAGGCGGAUUUAAAAUAUGGUGGUGUAGACAUUUCUUCAAACCUAAGUACGGUUGACCCAACUAUAGAUAAUGAAAGACUGGAGUACAAAGUUGGUAUUGCAAUGGCUGCUGCUUUUAUGUCUGGGAUCAUUCUGCUUGUAAUGGGUUUACUGCGAUUAGGGUUUAUUACCAGCUAUCUAGCCGUCUCUUUUGUCGGUGGGUUUACAACGGCAGCAGCAUUUCACAUUGCAACCAGUCAAGUCGGCAAAAUAUUUGGCCUCAAAGUCGGAAGUCACUCUGGAGCUGGCAAACUAAUUCUGGUGUAUGUGGACAUAAUUAAGAAUCUUGGAAACACAAAUGUUGGGGAUCUCGUUGUUGGCCUGAUAAGCAUUGCGAUCUUAUUAGCGGUGAAGGUUGGAAUCAAUGAACGUUAUGGGAAAAAACUGAAAAUGCCUGUACCUAUAGAUCUGAUACUUGUUAUCAUAGCAACAAUAAUUUCUCAUUUUGCAGAGUUCGAAAGACGCUUCGGAAUUCACGUAGUCGGGGAUAUUCCGUCUGGGAUGCCAGUGCCACGUGUUCCAAAUUUAAGCGUCUUGGGUAGAAUAGGUCAGGACAGCUUCAUAAUAGCUAUACUGGCCUUUGCUAUGACAAUAUCCAUGGCAAAGCUUUGUGCCGCUUUGCAUGACUAUGAAAUAGACAGCAACCAAGAGUUGGUGGCCUACGGAGCAACCAACCUGCUCGGGUCAUUUUUUCAGAGUUUUCCAAUGUGUGUUGCGCCACCAAGAACCAUGAUCCUAAGUUCACUUGGUGCCAGAUCUACACUUAAUGCGAUUCCAUCUGCCAUCUUUAUUCUGAUAGUUUUGCUCGUGGCGGGUCAACUCUUUGUCUCUCUUCCGAUACCAGUCCUAGCAGCAAUGAUUAUAGUGGCCAUGAAGAAUUUACUACUUCAAGUCAGACAACUCCCUAAUCUUUGGAGGGUCAGCAAAGCAGAUUUUGUAAUUUGGCUGGCAACAGCAUUGGUGUCGAUCCUAGUUGAUCUUGAUAUCGGCCUUAUUGUGGGAGUUGGAACGUCCAUCUUUACCAUUAUCGUCCAGAGUCAGUUUUCGACUGGGCAGCUGGUUGGAAUCUCAGACCAAGAAGAUAUUUACCUUGACCUUAAGUGUCAUAAGAAUAUCAAAGAACUGAAAGGAAUAAAAAUAUUCUACUUUAACACGAUGCUCUUUUUUGCCAGUGCAGAAAAAUUUAAAUCUCAGCUUUUCGAGAAAACGUUUAACCCAUUAACUAUAGCGGCGAGUCAGAGUAUUAACGUUGAUGAGCCGGAGGACAACAAACUGUCAAGCGAAAUGCUGAUACAUCACAUCAUUAUAGACUGUUCAGCAAUGACCUACAUUGACAUGGCUGGCGUAAAUGUCCUCAAGAUGGUCAUUAAGCAAUUCAAGGGAGCUGGAACAGAACUAUUUUUAGCAAACUGUGGCCGCUAUAUGCUGGUUGUGAUGGAGAGAGCUCAGGUAUAUGACAUCCUGCCAAAAGAUCAUGUUUUCUUCAGUGUACAGGAUGCUGUGAUCAAAGCUGCAGGAGGUGGAUCAUUUGUGGCGAAACUAUAACAUGGGGUUUGAUUGGGUUCCAUCGUUGUAGCAUUGUGGUCCACGAGUUUCGAGGGUUAGUAUGGAGUUGAUCUUCAAACAGACUAUCGAGUACAAACAUGGAACAAAAUAAAAUAAAAUGGAUGAAUAUAAUAUAUUAAAUUCAUUCAUCAUACACUAUUAGUAUUAGUAUUAAGGCAGCUUUAAAAACAUGUCCUUCUGAACAUGAAGCCAACCAAAUCAGAUUCUGUGAGAAUCUGACAGUACAAUAAUAGUAAUGGAAAGGAAGGAAGUAAUGUUUUAUUUAACGCAUGGUAAUUACGGAUAUAUGGACCACUGAGAUAAGAGAGAAAAAACGUUGUAGCACCAGUGGAUCAUUUAUAUAUAUAUGUACCAUCCCAUAGACGGAAUAAUAUACACCACAGCAUUUGCUAAACCAGUUGUGUAGCACUGGCUGGAAUGAGAAAUAGCCCAUUGGGCUUACCGACGAAGAUAGAUCCUAGACUGACCGAGAAUGAGGCUAGCGCUGUACCUCUGGGCUGUCUCGUCCCUAUAAUAAUUUAUUAUAAUGGCUUAAGUUACAACCUUGUCAAAACCACCUUUACUCUGCCUUCUGCUGAAAUAUGAUUUUUAUUACAUCGUUUUAUUUUAUUUUAUUGAUUUGGUUAUCAAUUAUGCGGGAAGGUGCAACGCUUUAGAACAAGGCACACAUUAUAUUCUACCACAAAUGCUUUAAAAUGUUCUACCGAAUAUACCAAACUCUUAUUCUUAAAAUUAUAAUGCUUGUAAAAGUCAAGUCGGUUAGCUUGGUAAAAUGCUUGCUUGAUGCGCGAUUUAUUUAAGGAUCUAGGAUCGAUACCCGUUAGCUGACCCGUGGAGCAAUGUUUCGCGUUCCAACCAGUGCUCCACAACUGUCAUGGUAUGUACUAUCCAGUCAUGAGGAUUAUGCAUGUAAAAUAUCCCUUGCUGCUAAUAUAUAAAAGUUUAGGACAUGAUGUGGUAGCGACGAGUUUCCUCUCUCAAUACCUUUGUGGUCUUUAUCCAUAUGUAGUCGUUUCAUUUACCCCUUUACCUUAGUUUGACAACCAAA